AUGAAUUCUGAAAGCAUCAAUAUCCAGAGGGUUCUUACACCCCCCACUCAUCACCCUCAGGUCGGCUCUAACCCUCCAGCAACUGCUAAUGGCACUCACUUGCCAACCACGCAGCAGGCUUUUUCCCCAGCAAAUACGCCAUACCCUCUCACCAUCACUUCUCCUUCAAUAACUCCCGCCACUCCAAUCCCAACACGCCGCAUGAUCUUCUCCAAUGCAGAAAAAGGUUCGAGAGGAGAGAGGGUGCAAAUGGGAAACGCAGUGUAUGAAUAUAGAUGUAAUACAGAGCAUGUGAGAAGUUCUGAGGAAGGAAGAAGAAAGUACAGUGGAGUGAGACAAAGGCCAUGGGGGAAGUGGGCAGCUGAAAUCAGAGAUCCUUUCAAAACUGCCCGAGUUUGGCUUGGCACUUUCGACACGGCGGAGACGGCUGCCCGGGCAUACCAAAAAGCUGCCCGAGUUUGGCUAUAUUAUUAA